AUGGCUAGAGAGUCGAGGGAAAGCACAGCCCUGGAUGACCACUCUGCAGACGACCAGAUGGGGCUUCUGGUCAUAAAGGUGAAGGAGGAAGAGGCCUCUGCCUUUGCAGAGGAAGCCAGUUUGCCCUGCAGCCCCGACCAGGGCAAGGAACACUGCCGCCAGCGCUUUCGUGCUUUCUGCUACCCUGAGACAGCAGGACCCAAAGAGGUGCUGAGCCAGCUCCGAGAGCUCUGCCGACAGUGGCUGAGGCCUGAGAUGCACAGCAAAGAGCAAAUCCUGGAGCUACUGGUGCUGGAGCAGUUCCUGACCAUCCUGCCCAGGGAACUGCAGAACUGGGUGCGGAAGCAGCAUCCAGAGAGUGGGGAGGAGGUGGUGGUACUGUUGGAGUAUUUGGAAAAGCAGCUGGAUGAGCCCACACUGCAGGUCCCAGGUGAUGACCAGGGGCAAGAAUUGCUCCGUUGCAAGGUGGCACUGUUGACACCAACCCUAGAGUCACAAAAUAGCCAAGUCCCACCAGUGAAGGCUCUGCUCAAGUGUGAAUCUUUGCAAUGCCAGCCCUUACAAGAUAGAGAGUGUCUUUCCUUCUUAGUUGCCCAGGGAGACAGCUGCAGAGAAGACACCGUGUUAGCUGCCAGGCUCACUCUAGAGUCCCGGGGGAUGCUGAAAACAGAAGAUGUGGACUUGACUCUGACCCCUGAGUGGACACAGGUGGAUUCAUCUCAGGUGAAUCUCUACAGAGAUGAAAGGCAGGAAAACUGUGACAGCCUGAUCUCCCUGGCUGGUGAAAUGCAGACUAAGAUUGGAGAUUUGCCUCUAGCUGAGGAACAUCCAGAACAAGAUCCUGGGAAGAUACCAUGCCACCAGGGUGAAGAUGUUGCCCAAAUGCCUAUGUAUGCAAAAGCUAGUGAACAGGAGGCCAGAUUACACAGAAAGCAGAAAAAUGCCACAGGGAGUAGGCGACACAUUUGCCAUGAAUGUGGAAAAAGUUUUGCUCAAAGUUCAGGCCUGAGUAAGCACAGAAGAAUCCACACUGGAGAGAAGCCCUAUGAAUGUGAGGAGUGUGGCAAAGCCUUUGUUGGAAGCUCUGCCCUUGUCAUUCAUCAGAGAGUUCACACUGGUGAGAAGCCAUAUGAGUGUGAAAAAUGUGGCAAGGCCUUUAGUCACAGCUCAGACCUAAUCAAACACCAGAGAACUCACACUGGGGAGAAGCCCUAUGAGUGUGAUGACUGUGGAAAAACCUUCAGCCAGAGCUGCAGCCUCCUUGAACAUCACAGAAUUCAUACCGGGGAGAAGCCAUACCAGUGCAACAUGUGUGGCAAGGCCUUUAGGCGGAGUUCUCAUCUCCUGAGACAUCAGAGGAUCCACACUGGGGAAAGAAAUAUUCAGGAACCUGACUGGGAAGGUCAAGGUAGAAUGGAAAGCCAGUGGGAAAAUGUUGGAACUCCUGUGUCUUAUAAGUGUAAUGAAUGUGAAAGAAGUUUUACUCAGAAUACAGGCCUUAUUGAACAUCAAAAAAUUCAUACUGGGGAGAAACCCUAUCAGUGUGAUACAUGUGGAAAAGGCUUCACCCGAACUUCAUACCUUGUUCAACAUCAAAGAAGCCAUGUAGGAAAAAAAAAUUCUGUCUUAGUGACCGGUGCUGUACAUACUAAAGUUGGAGUUCAUUUGUCAUUAAACUGA